AUGUCCUUCACCCUCUCUGCCUCCGUCGCGCGCGUCAACGCCUCCCCGGCGUUCGCCUCCAAGGCCUCCAAGGUCUCCCGCCCGGCCGCCGCGAAGCGCGCCGGCGUCGUCCUCGCCUCCGCGAAGACGGACUCCAUCAUCGAAGAGAUGAAGACGCUCACGCUCCUUGAAGCGUCCGAGCUCGUCAAGCAAAUCGAAGAAGUGUUCGGCGUUGAUGCCUCCGCCCCGGCGGGUGGUGUGGUGAUGGCGGCGGGCCCGGCUGCCGCCGAAGCCGUCGAGGAAAAGACUGAGUUCGACCUCGUCAUUGACGAAGUCGCCGCCGACAAGCGCAUUGCUAUCAUUAAGGUUGUGCGUGGUCUCACCGACUUGGGCUUGAAGGAAGCGAAGGAUGCCGUCACGAACGUUCCGUUCACCAUCCUCGCGGGCAAGAAGAAGGAAGAAGUCGAAGCCGCUAAGAAGCAGCUCGAGGAAGGCGGUGCCAAGUGCUCCAUCAAGUAA